AUCACUUGACAAACAAGCAUUAAAAAAGGAAGACAGGAACACACAAGCAAAUAAAAAGGCGAGCUUUGAGGCAGCAGGACCAGCAGCAGUGGGAGAGACAUAAGGGCAGACACCAAGACAGACAGCUUCUCAUAGCUUUUUCAGAGUUAGCACACAUCUUCUAGGAAGGAAUUGUGUCGCUACUCUUGCACCUCAGGGCCUUUUUAUACGGACUAACCACAGUAGGAUCUGGAGACAGAGGAAGUUUAACAUACAGAUAUUGUAAGCACUGAAAUUAGCAGUUAAAAGAAGCCAGAAGUCAGCCAGUCAGGAAGUGGGAUAAUAAAGAAGAACAACAUUUGAACACAGGAAUUUCUUUAGAUAAUCUAGCUAGGGCUCUGAAAUAUCCCACAGGCCUUCAAUCCAUUUGGACAAAAGAGAGCGUGCUGAUGAGACGUCUUCAAGGGGAGCUUGACUUUAAUUUUUUCUAAGGUAAUUUUCAGCUUCUAACUUCUAGUAGCCUCUGUAUUUAACUGAACACCUCAGGUUCUGCAUCAAAGCCUAAGAGGUGCAUGUUUUAAAGCCUCUUUAGCCUUCUCCAUUUGGCUCGUGGGUGUCUGGGUUGCUGUGACAGGUUACGUCUGGCUUAUACACACACACACACACACACACACACACACUCUACUGUGCAGCUGGAAGAUCAAGAGUCUGUGUUGCACAUACCUGCACUGAGAGGACUGAGUGUGUGUGGUCUGAGGGACUCAGCUGGUCUGGGAAACUGAGUCAGAAAAGCAGCCAGCUCUUAAGUGCUUCCUGCCAGCAUAAAAAGGAGUAAAAGUCCAUACUUCUGAGUGCCUCUCUGAGAAAGCAAGCAGAGCCAAGGGAUAAUGAUGAAGAUGAAACGGACUCUGUGCAGAAUCUCCUGUUUGGUGACUCUGGUGGUGGAGCUGAGCUGGAUAAACGUGGGCCACAGCGUGCACAGGGAGAGAGGAAGCAGGGUAAUGAAGCAGUGGGAAAGAAAGGUGCGGUCAGCCUCCAGCCUGGAUGAGCUGCUGAGGCUCACAGACUUUCCUGACUGGAAGUUAUGGAAGUGUCGUCUGAGACUGCAGCAGCCAGAGAACCUCUCUUCUCCACCUUCAGUAGGCUCACACCGCUCCACACGCUACGCUGCCGAAUCUUACAGCCUGGAAAUACUUAAAGCCAUUGAUGAAGAGUGGCAGCGGACCCAGUGCAUGCCAAGGGAAACGUGUGUUGACGUGGCUAAGGAGCUGGGCACCGACCCCUCAAUGUUCUUCAAGCCACCUUGUGUGUCCAUCCACAGGUGCAGUGGCUGCUGCAACCAAGAGGGUGUCACCUGCAGAAACACAACUACUGUAUACGUGAAUAAAACUGUGAUUAGUGUCAUUCCAUUCAAGUUUGUACCAGAGCCUGUGCUAAUAAAAGUAGCUAAUCAUACAGAGUGCAGUUGCAUGGAGCCUGCCAUAAUACGCCGUAAUGCUCAACCUCACGGGAGCAGCGGUCUCAGCUUACAAGAUGAGAAGAAAUGUAUGUCUUUGUGACUCUAAUGCGCCAUUAUUAUUUCCUGCUUAGAUUUUCCACUCAGUUCAUGGAUGCCAGACUGUGAGAUAGACGUGGAGCGGUGUGACUGUCUACCUAGACCUGCACCGACUCUCCAGCCAAGACCAAUCCAUCGCUGUCAACUCAACUCUUCUAUCUGUGCCCAUAAGCAUCAACGUUUCGAUCAAGCUUCCUGCAGAUGCAAAUGGCCCAAGUAGAAGUCCACUGGGGGAAUAAAUUACGACAACCUGCUCGCCAAGGAUGUUUGGAGGCAGAGAAAAAAGGCUCAUAAUUUAUUUACAGUCCUAUUUAUGCUGAUCACUUUAACUAAUUAAGAUGAUAUUAACUCCUUUGACCAUGUUAACUGAUUUUUUAACAUGCUUACCUUAUGUUCCAAUCAAUGUGUAAAGUUUAUAAUUUGUACAUUUGUUCUGUUGUGCACUGAACAUGUAGUAUAUAUUAAAAGAAUAUUUUUAUAAUUUUAACUUGCUUUCAGUUUAUGGAUUACUGCUUAACUUGUGAUGGACAUUUCACUCUU